ACACACGCAGCUGAUCUUAGUUUGCGUGUAGCCCAUUGCGCAAUGACACAACAAUAGAUUGCCCUAGCUGAUAGUUGAACACCGUUAUUGUUGUAGAUAAUUUUUAGUAACAAUUAGAAAAUGUCGCUGCUGUACAACACUGGCGAAUGGUUCACUUUGGAACAAGGAGGCUCCUUUAGAAAAGUGGAACUUUAUAAAAUGAAAUGGCCCCCAAACAUCGAUCUGGAACAGAUGAAAGUAUACGCUGCACCCUACGGUGGACCGAUCGCCGUGAUGAAGGACAGAAACUCUUUUCUUAAAAUUGAAGGCGGCACGAGUACGAGACCAGUCAUACGGAUAUUCAACUGCGUCGGGAAGCAAAUCUCAUCGAUAAAUUGGGACUGCGGUGAAAUAGUGACGCUCGGGUGGUCGGAUGCCGAAGAGCUGGUUGUGGUGCAGGACGACGGUACCGUCUUUAUCUACGAUAUGUUUGGCAAUUUCGUACACAAGUUUAGCGUGAGCAAGGAUGUGACCGAUGUUACCGAGGCACGCAUCUUUCAAUCCGCAUCCGGUACGGGUGUAGCCGCUAUGACCGGGACCGCGAAGAUCUACGUGCUAAACAACAUCAAGGAUCCUAAAUCGCGGCCGCUCUCCGAUUUGCUUAACAUUACGAAUAGCCAAGGAUGCUGGGAAAUGGUUUCAAAGGAUCGUACGACCGUGUGUGUGGUGACUCAGGGGCCCGAUGUAAUAGUGGCCCGGUACGGUGAUAAUGCGCUCAGCACACCACCCAUUUCGUUAACGGUGGAUUACAAAUCGUUCACUUUGAUGUGUGCCUCGUUUGACCAUCAGCACCUGGCGCUCCUAACUAAUACGGGUUGCCUUUGGAUGGGUUCAUCUGACCUGCGCCAGAAAUACUGCGAGUUUACGACGGGUCGAACGGAACGGCCGACUCAGCUCGCUUGGUGCCUCGAUGGUGCACCGGGCAACGAGACGCCGGCCGUGAUCAUAUGCUACAGCAACAUGCUCCAGAUCGUGCUUACCACGGGUGAAUCUAGCAUCUACAGCUACGAUUCGGCAGUGACACUUGUGCAAGAGAUGGAUAGUGUCCGGGUUAUAAGUAGCAGUAGCCACGAUCUGAUGCAGCGCGUACCGAGCUGUACAAAGAAGAUCUUCGGAAUCAGUAUCUCAGAACCGGCCAGCUUUCUGUUUGUGGCGCACUGUAAGUUCCAGGAACGGAGCCACCAAUCAAAUGAAUAUCUGUGCCUAACGGCGGGCAAGCUGCGCGGUGCUGUGGCCGACUGUAUAGAGGCCGCUGGCUACGAGUUCGAUUCAAACACGCAGAAGAGCCUGAUCCGGGCGGCUUACUUCGGCAAGAGCUUCCUCGCCGACUAUAAUGUCAUUGAAUACGUGCGCAUGUGCAAAACGCUUAAGGUGCUCAACGCGCUGCGUGAUCCUAACGUUGCCAUUCCCAUCACGAUUCGCCAAUUCGAACACCUACAGCCGAUCGUCGUCCUCGACCGGUUGAUGUUCCGGAAGUACUAUGGACUUGCGAUGCAGAUCGCCAAGUAUCUUAACAUCCUUGAAAAGCGAAUCCUGGAGCACUGGGCGUUCCAGAAGCUGGCGCAGGAUAAAAAUGACGACGAAGUGGCUCGAAAAAUUGCGGCCAAGUUUGCCAGCGCCGGCCUCCAACAACCAAUGUCGUUCGCGAGCGUGGCCGAACGUGCACAGCAGAUCGGUAAAAUAAAACUCGCAAUUACGCUACUGGAGAUGGAGACGAAGAAGAAACUGCAAGUGCCACUGCUGUUAAAGCUAGGCGCUAGCGAGAAGGCGUUGAUCGCUGCCACCCAGUCCGGCGAUAUCGAUCUUAUCUAUAUGGCGCUGCUUGAGAUGAAAAACACAACCGAGCUAGCCAAGUUCCACAUGACUAUCCGACGCUACCCGCUGGCGCAGAAUCUGUACAAAAAGUACUGCCAGCUCAAUAGUUUGUCCACGCUGAAGGACAUCCAUUCGCAGGAAGACGACUUUCUUGCACAGGCUGAGUUGACUCUGCGCGAGGCGCUGCAGCUCGGCCAGCUAGACGCCUCGAUUCCGGACGUGAGCGGGAAUUUUCGGCGCGUUGGCAAACCGCUCGAGGCGGAUCUAUGUGAUGAGGCAAAGAAGCUUGCCAAACACCAGAAGCUGUUGAACGACAAGUACCAGAAGCAGUUCCAGGGGCUGGCGCUGCAUGCGACUGUGCGCAAGCUGCUGCAGCUGGGCGAUGUGCGCUACGCGGAGAAGCUGAAGAGCGAAUUUAAGCUACCGGAUCGCCGCUAUUGGUGGGUGCGGGUGCAAACAAUGGCAGAAAACUACAUGUGGGAGGAUUUGGAGCGAUUUGCCAAAGCGAAGAAGAGCCCGAUUGGCUACGAACCAUUUGUAGAAGUGUGCCUUCGUCAGCAGAAUAUACAAGAGGCCAAGAAGUAUCUGCCUCGUUGCGGCGAGGACACUAAACUGAAAUGGUAUCUCCGCGCGAGCUGCUACGCCGAAGCAGCCAACAUCGCGUUCAUGCAAAAGGAUAUCGAAAGUUUGCUGAAGAUCCUUGAUUACUGUGCCGGCGAUGCCACGCUACUGUCUACGGUCCAGAACAUGAUUCUACAGGUAUCGGAGAAAAAGUGAUGAAACCCAAUACUAUCAAUGCGAACAAUAGUCAUUAUCAAUUAAAACGACACACGAAUCAACGCUUCUUUUUAUAAUAGCAAAUUAGCAUGGAUAAACAUAUAAGAUACAUAUAGAAAUAAAAUAUUAGCAGGACAGUA